CCACACUCACUCGGCCCGCAGCCGCCGAGCAAGCAGCAGCAGCUUCGGGGCCGUCCGGGGACCGCGCCCGCAAUGCCUGCAGCCCCUUACGCGCCCCGCCGGGCCUGCUGAGCCACCCCCGGGCCGGGGUCGCGCCGGGCCGGGCCGCGCCCGAGCGGGGCGGCGCUGCCUGCAUGACCCACCGGCGGCGAGGGGAGAAGGCGACCAUCAGCAUCCAGGAGCAUAUGGCCAUCGACGUGUGCCCCGGGCCCAUUCGGCCCAUCAAGCAGAUCUCCGACUACUUCCCCCGCUUCCCGCGGGGCCUGCCCCCGGCCGCCGGGCCUCGCGCAGAGGCACCUCCCGACGCCCCCGCACGACCCGCCGCGGCCAGCGCGGGCCACCGCAGCCCCUCCGACGGCGCCCGCGACGACGACGAAGAUGUGGACCAGCUCUUUGGAGCCUACGGCGCCACCCCGGGCCCCAGCCCUGGCCCCAGCCCGGCGCGGCCGCCAGCCAAGCCACCCGAGGACGAGCCGGACGCCGACGGUUACGAGUCGGACGACUGCACUGCCCUGGGCACACUGGAUUUCAGUCUACUCUAUGACCAGGAAAACAACGCCCUGCACUGCACCAUCAGCAAGGCCAAGGGCCUGAAGCCGAUGGACCACAAUGGACUGGCAGACCCCUAUGUCAAGCUACACUUGCUGCCUGGAGCCAGCAAGGCAAAUAAGCUCAGAACAAAAACUCUUCGGAACACUCUGAACCCCACGUGGAAUGAGACCCUCACUUACUAUGGGAUCACGGACGAGGACAUGAUUCGGAAGACCCUGAGGAUCUCCGUGUGUGAUGAGGACAAAUUCCGCCACAAUGAGUUCAUUGGGGAGACACGAGUGCCCCUGAAGAAGCUGAAGCCCAACCACACCAAGACGUUCAGCAUCUGCCUGGAGAAGCAGCUGCCAGUGGACAAGACUGAGGACAAGUCCCUGGAGGAGCGAGGCCGCAUCCUCAUUUCACUCAAGUACAGCUCGCAGAAGCAGGGCCUGCUGGUGGGCAUCGUGCGCUGUGCACACUUGGCCGCCAUGGAUGCUAACGGCUACUCGGACCCCUAUGUGAAAAUAUACCUGAAGCCAGAUGUGGACAAGAAAUCCAAGCAUAAGACUGCGGUGAAAAAGAAAACACUGAACCCAGAGUUCAAUGAGGAGUUCUGUUAUGAGAUCAAGCAUGGGGACCUGGCCAAGAAGACCCUGGAGGUCACUGUCUGGGAUUAUGACAUUGGAAAAUCCAAUGAUUUCAUUGGUGGAGUGGUUCUGGGAAUCAAUGCCAAGGGCGAGCGCCUGAAGCACUGGUUUGACUGCCUGAAAAACAAGGACAAGAGGAUUGAGCGCUGGCACACGCUCACCAAUGAGCUCCCAGGAGCUGUGCUCAGCGACUGACUGUCCUCCCCUGCCAUCCACCCCUGCCAUCCAGCCCACACAUGCCUGGCCCUGGGCUUUCUCAGCUGCCACCAAGGGCUGUGGCCCCCACAGUGGGCAAAAUCCAGGACGUCUGCUUGGACAUAACUACUGCAGCCCUCACUUGGAGGCCACAGAGCACCCAGCUACUCAUAGGGACAGGGAGGCAUGGCACUGGGCCUGUUUCAGCCCCCUGGGGCCCAAGAAGGCUGGAGGUGGAGGAAAAAAACCUCAGUGUCAGCACUGUCCAAGGGAAGAGCUGUCCAGGGUGAGGAACUUCCAGAGUCAGUGGUAGGGCACCUGCUCAGUUACAGAAGUGCAAGUAUGACAGCCACCAGACACCACAGAGGACUAUGGGUAAGCGGAGGACAGGACUCCAGGACUGGUAGAGUAUCCAUCCUAGCCUGCUUAUGCCUGGCACUGACGGGCAGGCAGAGAGAGUCUGUUAGCCAAGAUUUCAGCGACAGGGCUCUGCAAGGCCCUGUCUAGUGAGAGAGAAGUGCACAGCGUUACCACAAGGUGGUGAAGGACACCAGGACCAGCCAGCUGCCUGCAGGGGCUAUGGGUACUGUUGACUGAGGAGGGCAGGGACAGCAACCUAGAGGAGAUGGGGCUCAGCACAGCCUUGAGGCAGCCAGAACUCUAAACAAAGGGCUAGGCAAGUGCAGGCAGUGGGUGGGUCCAUGGGGCAUGAAGGGACCGGGAGCUACAUGGAACUAGGGUUGUCCUGGGGCAGUGUUAAGUUCUUAGAGCUUAAUAGGGUGGCAGUGGAGGUGUAAGGGAUGUAAGUACCGUGGGAAAACUGAGACUGUAUGCUCACACCCAGCUCUCCCGUUUGAUCUUUUUCCCAUGGGCCUGAAGGAUGCAUGCUGCCCCUGUUCUUAGCCUGUCUGGUCAGUUGCAAGAGAGAAAAGAGGCCCUCAGGCAUGAAAAGAAGCGAACAUAUCCUGCCUGCCCUGCCUCUCCCUCCUCAUUCCCUCAGCUCAGGCUGGUGUUGGGCCCUCAUGGCUGCCCAAAGCAUCCUGGCCCUACCCAUCACAUCCUGGCCUUACCCAGGAAGCCAUGUUGCUUUCAGGAAAAUCUGAGGUUGUCAGCUCUGCCCUCCAGGAGCUGAGAGACGCAGCCAGCUUUCUCUCUAGGAAAGGUAUGGUACAUCUCAGUCUUAAGAUCAAGGCUUGAGGUCCAUAAAUGUCUCCUGCCUAUGAGGGCUUUAGGAACACAGGAUAAAUGAAUGUAGACCCAAGGAGUUGAACCGUCAUCUCAGAGCCCUGCAGCAUUCACCCUAUCCCUGCAAGAAAAUGCAAGGAGGCUGUGAGAGAGAAGGUGCCGUGCCCUGCACCUGGCACCCUUCUACAGCUAGACUAGGACCCCAGGCCUGCAGCCAUGAUUCCAAUCCCAGUACUUGCCAUUCCCCAGUUGGCAGGAAAAACAGGUCUCUAGCCCUCAGCACCAAGCCACCCUGUUGCUCAUGGAGAAGGCUUCUCUCAAGAAAGGCAUUGCCUAUGUUAAGGAAUCAUCAGAUACUGUCUUAAUGACUCUUCACACUGUGAGAUGGGUGGCCUGGCCAACACAUUUUGCAAAAGGAGCAACCUCAGAGAGGCCAAGUAAACUGCUAAGGCCACACACGGGGAGAGGUAGAGCAAGCAGACCUUUUGAUAGUCUAGGGCUGAGGACUCCUAAGUCUCUCUCCUGGGUCAUUAGGGCUUGAUGAGGUCUUUUGAGAUACAAAGCUUUGUAACUCUCUGCCACUUCACCCUUAAGCUGACUUUGAAAUCAUCUAUGCCACUUAGGGCUCCCCAGAAAGGCCCAGCCAAGUCCUGGAAUUCAGCCACCCCUCCUCUGCUCCUAGCAUGUGGUCAAGGGACUUGGGUGAGGGCAGGUGUCCAAGGUCAGUGUCCAGGCCAGGUCUUCCUGCACCCACUCAUCCACCCGUACAGCUAGAAAGAGGAGCCUCCAGGGGCCCAAGGAGGAAGGAUGGCCUGUCUUAAAAGCAUUUGGAGCUGGGCAUGGUGGCGCACACCUUUAAUCCCAGCACUCGGGAGGUGGAUCUCUGGGAGAUCGAGGCCAGCCUGGUCUACAUAGCAAGUUCCAGGUCAGUGGGGCUACAGAGAGACAGUGUCUCAAAAAACAACAACAACAAAAACCAUUUGGUUGAGCUCUGGAUAUCUCAAAUUUGACCUUUGGAGUGCCUUGUUCAGAGAGGAACCCCGCAGUCUCCUGAAGAUAUGGAAGUAUUUAUCAGACACAGGGAAACUUAGGCCCAGUGAGGGAAUGCACCCCAACUGGGACAGAAACCUGGACUCUUGAUACCCAGCAAAGGGCCUGCUGUUGCCCCAGACUUGGCCCUCAGAAAUGGUCCUUGUGGACCUCGGAGACAGAGUGGGAGUCAGGGCUUCUAGUCAACAAGCUCAGGUUCAAGGUGAAUGCUCCUGGGACCUUUCUAAGCCUGGGCACUUUAUAUAUCUAUCGGAAAAGUGCCUAGUGAAGUUGCAGAAUUGACUCUGCCUUUGACCCAAAAUGGGCAUCUUGCUUCUGGUCUAUCAGCCCUACACAGAAGAACUUUGAAGCGUCCCCACCCCCCAAAAAAGGUCAUUCCAAAGUUUGGUGUCAGUAACCAGGAGGUCCGCAGACCAGUGGCAUCCACCUCGCGUUCGGGUCUCUGCCCCGCCCACUGCUAUCACUAGCCAAUCCCCUGGACCAGCCCGUCUUCCAACCCUGAGUCGGUAACCUCCUGACGUCUAGUGGCAAGAAUGAGGAACUGCACCUCCCCGGCCCGCCGGCCCGCCGAGCCUGGGCUGUGCAUGUCCUGCCGCUUCAUUCUUUCUCAAACCGAGUGAACCUCCCGAUGCAUGGACUCGUGCACUGCUUAACACCGUUUUGCUACCAUGUCACGGCUGCAGAAUACGUCCUCAAACUGCAGCCCCAUGACACAAUUUUUGUACUUUCGUCUGACCUUCCCGAAGGUGUCCUUUUUAAGUCUUACUUGUUAAUAUUUAUAAUGACAUAUAAUUCAAAGUAAAUGGAAACAUCGUAUUGCGAUCA